CUGUUUUUGAUUUUUGCUUUUGUUGGAACAAAGUUCUUCCGAUUCUUUCAGUUCCCGUCUGCCCGUCAUGGCAUGCCGAGGAGCAAGUCUGCACAAACUUGGAGCUUCAAUCAAUCGCUGGGUAGGCAAAGAUUGCCUUGGUUUGAGUCUCUAGACCUCCUUCGUCAGGCUCAAAAGUCUUCUUUGUCUCCUGACCAGGUCAGCUACCUCAUUGUCACGCGAGGCGAGCGCAGAGCGAAAGGGGCUGUGGCGGCGAGCCUGCUUGAGGAUGCAAGCACAAGGGCCAUCGAAGCCAAUGUGGCCUUCAGCAGCUCUGUGGUGGAUUGCCUUGCCCGAGACACUUCAUGGGAAGAGGCCCUAGAUUUGAUCGAAGACAUGAAGAGGCAAGGGCCGCAACCUACAGACUUCGCCUUUUCGGCGAUGAUGAGGGGCUUGGGCCCUGAACACUGGGAAGACGCCCUUUUGACGCUGCAGGAGAUGCCGUGUCAGUGGGAUGCUGUCUCAGUGGGUGCCACUGUGGCUUCCUGUGUGGAAGCCUGGGAGUGGGCGACAAUGAUUGCAACACAAAGGAGGUACGACCUCAGACCCAAUGCCAUCACUUGUAGUUCUUUGAUCCACACCUACGAGAGUGCCAGUCGGUGGGAAGCUGCCAUGAUUGUGGUGGAGAGGACAUUGGGCAACGUGGUGGCACUUGCCGCUGCCUUGAGCACAUUGGAAAAGCAGAUCACUCGGUGGAAAGAGGCACUUGGGCUGCUAAACUCACAUCAUCGAAGAAGGACCCAGCUGAACAUCGUUGCCUGCAGUGCGGCCAUCUCUGCGUGCGCGGCAGGCAAAGCAAGCAGCUGGCAUGCAGCGAUUGGAUCCCAGUUCUGGCUCUUCGAGGGGCUGCGGCCAAGCUCGCUACAGCCCAACUUGGUGACAUUUGGUGGUUGUUUGACAGCCUUACAGCAGAUGGCACAAUGGGAAAGAUCCUUGCGAACCUCGGACACCUUUUCAAGGGAUGUGCCUGCCUAUGGUGCCCAAGUGGCGGCGUGCGCCAUGUCGCGGAGCUGGGUCGAGGUCUUGUGGCUCUUGAAAGACCUGAAGAAGCACAAGCUAGAAAAGGAUGCCUGGAUGCAACAAUGGACGGUCUAUGCGCUUGGUUCCGACAAAGGCCAAGCUUGUGGAGGCGUGGAAAUGCUCUCUGCAUACCAGGCCGAGCAGAUGCUGAGAGCGACGCAGCGCACCCCCGUAACAAAAAGGGACGACGGCGGACAUGGCACACUUUGUAAAUGCUGACGCCCAGACAAAUGGUGGGCGUUUUCUAUUUAAGGAUGUGGGAAAUCGGGCGCCACAUUGCGUUCAGGAUCGUUUAGGAUGCAUUCCCCAAAGACGGUCGUUCAGAUAGCAGCCACGUGCGGCCUCUGGGAGCCUUUAGAUGUCGGGAUUGUGAUU